AAGAAAUGGCAGGAAGAAUUGAAAAAGUUUAGUUAACCUUUUGUCCCCCGAUUUACUGUUUGCCUUUGGGAUUUCGCGCAAUUUUUUUGAUUGAAUUUUUAUGGAAGUAAACUCAAAAUUCAAAAUUCAUUCGGCAAAUUUAUAAAUAAUUUAAAAAGAUGAAGAGUAGCGAGUCUUAUGAAAUAUGUGUACGAUAAUGCAAAAUAGUUAUAAAUGUAUAGUUAAAUAAUAUAUAACUUUAAUUGAAUUUAUAUACCAUUUAUAAAUUUGUUGCCAAAUGAAGGCUCAAUCUAUAAAGAUCAUUGCCCAAAACACGAGCAAUUUAAAUUCUCAAAUGAAUUGCCAUCUUACUGGGUCAUAUUAAACGUAAACUCAAAAAUUGCUGAAUAUAAACUGAACGCAAAUUUUGGGUAUGAAUAAAAGUACACCUUGUUGAUCAUGUGGGAAAAUUUCAGAGCCUCUAUUUAGUUUAGUUUAGAAAUUUUAUUAAAAUCUUAGUCAAUGUCAACAGUCAACUUAACCAUAUACUUCAUGAUUCAGAACUUUUACCAAUUUUUCAAUCAUACAUUUUAUCAACUUUUAUCGAAAUUUACUAUUUGAUUUUAAACACAAUCAAUCUGGGGUAUAGUUUCCACCUUCUAUAGCAAAUUUUGUAUUAUUUUGUCACUAAAAUAAGUUGGCGAUUAGAUAUUGGUCAUGAAAUAAAAAAAUCGAAAUAAUGAUAUGUCAUCAAAUUAUUUUACAGGGACGGUCUCUAAUAGAUUCUAAAAAUUAAAAUGAAUAUAUUAUAAGGUUGAAUUAUAACUUUUCUUGAUAGCUACACUCUCAUUUUCAUUCUAAAUGAUGCAUUGUCCACACUACAUUAAUGUACGUACUUGUCAAUCAUUAAUAACCUUUAUUACUUAUUUUUGGAUAUACGUAGGUGUAAGAUCAGUGGACAUAAAUCGAAAGCAAAGCAAGGUAACAGUAAGUGGAUACAUGGAGCCAAACAAGGUCUUAAAUCAAGUGAAAAGCACGGGAAAGAAAGCUGAAAUUUGGCCAUACGUUCAAUACAAUUUGGCGUAUUAUCCAUAUGCUCCUGGAGCCUAUGACAAAAGAGCACCAUCUGGGUACGUUAGAAAUGUUGUACAGGCAUUUCCAAGCCCUAAUGCUCCUGCUGAGAAGUACACUUCAAUUUUCAGUGAUGAAAAUGUUAAUGCAUGUUCAGUUAUGUGAAGUGAUUAUUAUUCGAAUUAAUAUCUAUAAGAACGUUUAAUUAGAAGUUUGAUUAGGGUUUUCAAUUGAAAGGGACGUUUCAAUUUUAUUAGUGGUUUGGUUUGGUUGUAGAACGAGAUUGCUUGUUACAUAAACAUGAUAUAUCUUAU